AUGUCAGCUGCAGACCUGCCCUUCUGGAAAACAAGUCGAAAGACGACUCCUCUUGGUUUUGGCAUCAGUCAGCCAGCUUGCUUCCUUGCUAAGAAAGACAACAAUCAAGUCGCUCUUAAUGGUGAAAACCCAUUUUCAGCAGGUUACGUAGGUGAACUUGGUAAAGGUUACCCACUCACUAACUUUAGUGCGGGUCAAGGCUGA